AUGCAGAACUGCUUCCGCAGUCAGUUUAGUGUGGAGGAGGUUGAGUGUGAGGACAUUGAAGCAAGCAGGAGAACAUCAUCGGUUGAUGAAGAUAGUAUCGAUCUUGCCUGCACACUGUCACGAUCAAACGACCUCGGAGACUCUGAUCUUCACCACACUCCUGUUAUCAAGAUGGGCUGGCUGGACAAGACCCCACCUCAGGGGAGCCUUAUUUUCCAGAAGCGUUGGGUGAUGUUGGAUGCACAGUACCUGCGAUACUUUCAAAAUGAGAAGGAGGUCUACUCAAAGCGGAUCAUAGCCAUACUGUCUGUCACUGAAGUGCUUAACGUUGGAGAGCAGAAGUUUGAGGUGGUGACAAGGAACAGGACUUUCUUGUUCCGUGCUGAAAACAACACUGUCAGGGAGGAAUGGGUGUCAGUACUGAAAGAAACUAUUCAGCAGCGUCGUAGCAGCAUGGAGAUGUCCCUUAUGAACUUCAGUUUUACUAGUGGACAGCGUGAUAGUGGAGUCUCUCUCAUUAGUAAACAAGGAUACCUGGAGAUGAAUGGACUGCGCUCCAAGGUCUAUGUAGUCAUCUGUGCAGACAGGGUCUUCCUCUACGGGAACGCUGAGGAGCACAGCCAGGGUGUUGGCAUCACCUACAUUGAGAUGAAUGUGGGUACUGUGAAGAGCACAGACAAACGGUCCUUCAACCUCACCACCUUCUACAGAACAUUCAGUUUCCUGGCCGAGUCGGCGCAGCAGAGGGAUCAGUGGGUGGAGGCCCUGCAGGACUGUGUCAGUCGCUCUCUGUCCAGCGAUGUGGUGGCCCAGAAGAUCUGGGCUGUGGAGGCCAACCAGCGCUGUGCAGACUGUGGCGCCCCCCAUCCAGACUGGGCAUCUGUCAACCUCUGUGUGGUUCUUUGCAAGUGCUGUGCAGGCGUGCACAGGGGUCUGGGCCAGAGUGUGUCCAAAGUUCGCAGUCUGAGAAUGGAUGAAAAGGUGUGGACUGAUAACCUUAUUCAGGUGUUCCUGUUAGGUAACAACAGGGUAAACCUGUUCUGGGCAGCUAACAUGCCACCAAGCGAGGCGCUCCACCCAUCAAGUGAUAGUGAGAAGCGCCAGCGCUUUGUCUCUGCUAAGUACUGUCAGGGGAAAUACCGUCGCUACCAUGCUCUGUUUGGCCAACAGGAGGCCCUCAACAAAGCUCUGUGCAGUACCGUUCAGACGGAUGAUGUAUUGGAGACUCUGUCUCUGGUGUUCUGUGGAGCAGAUGUGAACUGUUAUACAGGUGAUCCAGAGCUGCCCAGCCCUGUGUCUGUGGCCCAACACUAUGGACAGAUACUACAGGUGGAGUUCUUAACUCACAACCACAACACAGGUAACUUCAGCUACUAUGAGAGUGAGAAGAGCUCCAGUCAGAGCGGCGGGUUGAAGAUGAGUGAUGUCCUGUGUCUGUUGGUCAAUCCCCCAGGGAAACAUGGUUAUGCCCAUUCCUUUGAGCUGUACCAUGACUCUGGGAGAGUCUAUCUAUUUGGAGAAGACUCCUCUGACAAAGUGAAAGGGUGGAUCAAGGCCAUCGCCAAGGCGCUGGUCCCCUCUGCAGCAGAGGACCUGGUGUGCUGGCCCUUUGAGAGGGUGGGCCGGUUGCGCUACACUGAGGGCCAGAGCCACCAUAGCCCCCUCCUGGGCUGGUUCUCCCUGGGGGGCUCCAGACUGCUCCUACUCCUCCACGGAGCAGAUCGAGUGGAGAACAUCGACCUGCGCAAAAUAAAGGAGCUCUCCAUGGAGCUGGAGGCUGGUGCUGUGGUGCUGGUGGACGGAGGCAGGAGCCUGCGUGUGGAGGGGGACAGGAGGCCUGACUUCCAGGGCUGGCUGAGUGGGCUCCAACAGGGCUCAGGGAGAGGAGACGGCCCCCUGGACCAGCAGCAGCUCACUGACACAGACGUCCCUGUCAUCGUGGACCGCUGCAUGAGCUACAUCACACAGCAUGGUUUGAAGUCAGAGGGCAUCUAUCGGAGGUGUGGUGUGAACUCCAAGAUCGCCGCCCUGCUGUUCUUUCUCCGCCAUGAUGCCCGGCAGGUCCGUCUGAUUGAAGAGGAGCGCCAGGUGGAUGACGUGGCAAAUGUCCUGAAGAGGUUCCUCAGGGAAGUGGGAGAGGGGGUUUUCAAUGGCCAUCAGGCCUCUCUGCCAUGGCUCCACACCACUACUAUCAGUGAGAUGAGUGAGAGAGUGUCCCAGUACCAGGCCCUCCUCCACAGCCUCCCCCGAGUCAACAGAGCCACUCUGGGGGCUGUCAUCAACCACCUCUACUGCGUCCAGUGCUUUGCAGAUGAGAAUCAGAUGAACAUGCACAACCUGGCCAUUGUGUUUGGUCCCACGCUCUUCCAGAUGGACGGCACUGAUAACAGCGCAGGACAGGUGGUAGAGGAUCUCAUCCAGAACUACCAGGACAUCUUCAAUGUGGAUGCAGAGCAGUUUCAGAGGCAGCUGGACAUGAUCUCGCAUGUCAUCAAAGCACAGAAGGAACACACAAAGGAGGGAAGCCCAUCACCUCUCACCAUCUGUGGGGUUUACCUGGAGAGGAAGGAGGAGGGCUCUGAGCUGCUGGUUCAGAUCUCCCAGGAAGUGAGUGCUGAGGAGCUGGUAUGUAAGGUCCUGAGACGCAGGAACAUCCCUCCACAGCAGGGGGACUACUGGAGCUGCUUCCUGGUCGACGACAACCAGGAGAUAGAGCGUCCAUUGCACUAUCAGGAGCGAGCGCUGACUAUCUAUUUCUCUCUGGGUAAAGACUGUCAUCUGGUGGUCAAGAAGAACUGCUACAUGGAGGCCAUUCUUACCUACAUAGCAGGCAGGGUAGAUGUGUCCCGAAACGGCCUGAUCAAGUUCUGUGAAGAGAAAGGUCAGAGGGGCAAGGGAACCUUCAGCAGACGCCUCUGUGUGCUCAGUGGCUUGUCUCUAAGGCUGUACAAAGAAGUGAAGAGUUCUCAGCCUGAGAGGGAGUGUCCAGUCCAUGCUCUGAAGGUCUACUGUGGUAUCAAGAGGAAGUUACAGCCACCGUCAUGCUGGGGGAUGACUGUACUGUGUGAGAAGGCAGUACGAGACACACAGCAAUGGUACCUGUGCUGUGAAUCAAAGAACGAGCUGAUCGAGUGGCUGGCCACUUUUAUGAGCCUCCAGGUAUUGGAGCGGGAGGGCCGGGAGGUGGAACUAACAGGACCCGUUCUGGACGCCCGCGGGCAGCUAGCAGGUUGUCCAGUCGGAUCGACAUGUCUAUGA